AGCCACCCCCACCUCCCCCAAAGUCCCAGACCCCUCCACCCCUCCCCAUUUCUCAGGCUCGCUCCCAGAUGUGCACAGCCCCUCCUCCGCCCUCCCAGCCCCCUCCCCUGCUGUCUCAUGGUCUCCCUCCUCCGCCAACUCAGCCGCCGCCGCCUCUGGAAGGUUCAUCCCUGGAUGACAACCUUUGUCAAGGUGGCUGCAAAAAUGAAGAGAGCAGUUUCAGCGAUUCGGAGACCGACAAGUCAGACAACAGGCACUCUUCUGUGCUAUCGUCUAAGAGUCCGGACUGGGGGCUUUGCCUGCAGGACGAACCUUUGUAUCAAACCUAUCGUCAGGCUGUCAUCUCCAAAGAGAUCAAGAGACAGACGGUUCCACACAACAGUAGUUUCAGCAGCUCGGACUACAGAGCCCCUUCUCCUGGGGAAGGGUCAACGGGACCCCAGGGCCCAAUCCCUCAUAGCACCCUUUGGCAGGAGCUGCCAGCUGUGCGAGAAAGCGGCGUUUUGGAGAACAUCAGCCCAGAAGAAAGAAAAAUGCAAGAGAGUCUCUUUGAGGUGGUGACCUCUGAAGCCUCCUACCUACGUUCACUCACCCUUCUGAUCGAGCACUUCAUGGAGUCUCGGGAACUGGCUGGCACCAUCCUUCUGCGCGAGCACCGGAUCCUCUUCUCCAACAUCCGCAAAGUUGAGGAAGUGAGCGAAAGGUUCUUACAGGAUCUGGAACGACGGCUGGCUGAAAGUCUGCAGAUCUCAGAUGUUUGUGAUAUUGUGGAGGCCCACGCUCAGCAGAGCUUCUCGGUCUACAUUGAUUACGUCCGUAACCAGCUCUACCAGGAGAAGACCUACAGUAGCCUCAUGGAGAAGAACGCCCAGUUUGCCAUCGUUGUCACCCGACUCCAGGAGCAGCCCCAGUGCCAGCGGCUCCCCUUCAUGUCCUUCUUGCUGCUUCCUUUCCAGAGGAUCACUCGGAUCAAGAUGCUCUUGGAGAAUAUCCUGCGUCGGACGGAAGAAGGUUCUUCGCGAGAACAAAACGCUCUGAAGGCCCUGGCUUCUGUUUCCAAGAUCAUAGAAGAAUGUAACUCCGAGGUCGGCCGCAUGCGUCAUAUGGAAGAACUGAUCCACACAGCCAGCAAGAUUGAGUUUGAUAAGCUGAAGGCCGUUCCCAUCAUUUCCCAGACCCGACAGCUGUUAAAGCAGGGAGAACUCCUGGAAGUUGUGCAUCGUGGUACCAUCUUCGGCAACAAACCCAAACUUAUCCCCAUCUACCUGUUCCUCUUCAAUGACCUACUGCUGGUCACUCAGCGCAAGAGCUCAGAACGCUUUGUAGUGCUGGAUUACGCCCAUCGCUCGUUAGUCCAAGCCCAGAGUUGUGAGGACACCACUGCCGGCCCAAACGCUGAGAACAGCUUCUACCUGACAUUGAUGGAGAACCACCAAGGGCGGAGUACCGAACGCCUCUGUCGGGCCCCGACGCAAUCCGAUAUGCAUCGCUGGAUGGGUGCUUUCCCAUGCCAUGAAUCCCAGACUAACAACAAGCAGGAAACCAUCUAUGAAGAUUGGGAUUGUCCCCAGGUUCAGUGCACGGAGACCUACAGCGCAGCCCAAGCAGACGAGCUGAGCCUCGAACCGACGGACAUCGUCAACGUGGUGCGCAAAACCGAGGGCUGGUACGAGGGCAUACGCCUAGCCGAUGGCAAGAAGGGCUGGUUCCCCUCUUGCUAUGUGCAGGAGAUCACGAACGAACACGUGCGCCGGCGCAACCUCCGUGAGCGUUACCGCGUCCUCCAGGUGGCCCGCCAGCUGCAGCUGAUGCGCACCAAUUGCGUCAAAAGCAAGUACAGCUCAGCCUGAGACCGAAAACCGCACGGCCAACGGAGCCAAUGACAGGGGACUCCCCCGGCCUGCGAUCAAUCUCACAGCUGGACUUGAGGUUCGAUUUCGAUGGGCGUGGAGCAGCAUUUGCCUCAAAGUGGCGCUGAAGAUGAGAAGGACGGUAGAGAGCAGUUGAGUUUUGGAUCGAAAGCCGUUGAAGAGCGGGGAGAGCGGAAGAGAGAUGUAAGCAUGCCAGAUUGGCUGCCCGGCGUUGCAAUGCCAGAAGCCAGCCAGCGGAGGCACUACUUCAAAUGUGUCCCUUCCGCCAGAAGGGGGCGUUUUCAGACUGCAUUUUCAGUUGCAUUGUCGAGUUUACAGACUUCGCAACGUCCCAUUCUUACCGUUCCCAAGUCGCAUCCUAACUCCUCUUUUAGUCCGCGUGGCAUCUCGGUAACCUUGAGCGAGGACCACGAACCUUCUCAGUGGGUUGAGGGUGAGGAGAUGACCUUCAUCUUCUACCUUAGAUAGCGAUGGUGCCAUAUUUCAGGAGAUUCCAUGAACCGAGAUUACGAUCAAACGGAUGUCCUCAGAUUUUAACCAGAAGGGUCGCUUCAAGCUGAACAGGAGUUCUACCUGCGCCCCCUGUUUUGCAAUGACUUAUCCACCACCUGUUAAAAAAAAUACAUGUUCACGAUUCAGGCCUACCACCCCCGUAGCCUUGCUUUGGGCUCGUUGCAGGCUGGUUUGUAUUUCACCCGCGGUUGUCAGGAUGGGUGUGCCUUGCCUUUCAUCGGCAGAACUCUAGUAGGCAGAACAAACUCCCCCCUCCCUGCCAAUAAAAUGUGUUUCGCCAACCGUAUCCAUGCCGGUAUUACCAGUUUCCUAAUCCUGAUCUUGGUGCUGUAGCUGCCAAUACUUCAAACCUUUCCCGAUGGUCCUUAACCUGGGCUCAGGUGAUGUCCCUUUUCUACCUCAGUUCCUGUCCUUUCCAGUGUCGGGAAUCGGGGACUCUUACAGCCUGCGGACCCAGCUUACUCUAACUCUUCCCCUCACUCUCGCAGUUCAAUAGACCUUUUUCCUUCAUGGUAACCUGUCUGAAUAUCCUGGAUUUUCUCCUUUGCGAGCGAGGAAUUCCUGUUCCUCACUACCAGCCUGGAAACCUCACCAUGGAGCGGCUUCUAUUUAUUAACGUGUUGCUCUCUUUAGCUCUCGAGCUGGAAGAGUUUUGGCUUUGGGGGUGGGAGGAGAAGCAGAGAUUGUAUUUUAAUUUAUUCUGUGCCAUAUUUGCUUGCGCUGUGACCUCUCUUGUGUUUUUCUAUCCCAAAUGGCCUUUUUAAAAAAAAAAUAAUAAUAAUUGAUGAACAAAAUGUGCCAGUGCUUGCUUUCAGUUUUUGCUUCGCCCUACUAAAUUCAAGAGUUUUAAUGUUGUGGACUGUCGGCCACCGUCUCCUCCGCAGCUGAAUUAGAUGAGGAGGCGGAGUGGGAGUUGGGGCCAGCAUCUGAGAAUUCUAAGGGGGAAGAGAGAAUGGAGCUGAUGAGACUGAGGCGGAGCCUGGGCUGUCCAUCAGCCCUUAGAUGCAGAGUCAAUAGCCUUCGGGUCUGGAGGUGGCUGAUGAUGAAGAGGAGGAACAGCUGGGUCCAGUGCCUGAUGCGCAGAUGCACAGAACGGAGAGGAGAACAGCGGUAAGCUAUGGGCCGGUCCUCGGGACAACAGAGCCACAGCUGCUAGCUAAGCUCCACCCAGGGGCUAGAGACAAAUAGGUGCAGCAGACAACUAUUCAUCUCCCUGUCGGCCAGCCACUGAUAGUCCGAACUUCUGAAUCCUGUCUUGGAGCUGUAUUGGAAUUCUUUCUGGGAAUCUGCAGCGCUGAAAGUUGGCCACGCCUUCGGAGUGUGGUGUGUGUGUGUGUGUGCGUGUGCCUGCAGCUGGAAAAAGAGCAAGCACACCUUUCAGGAUUUCCGUUAUGAAUGUGAGAGUGAAAGACUCCUGGUACACUGGAGCUGGUUCAGGGGGAAAGGGAGUGAGCUUUGCUUUUCACAGGCACUUAGAGACUUUGUUAGCCUGUUGUAUGUGUGUGAGAGAGAGAUACAGAGAGAGAGAGAUAUGUAGGAAUUUAGCACCAACCCCCCUC